UCUAAUAAUCAAUAUAUGGUGAUAAAAGUUGCAAAAUAUCGUGGAUUGAGAAACGGAAGCAUUUGUGGCUACAGUUAUAACCACAGUUGUAGUGUCGAUGUAACAUGUGACCUUAAAAAUUACUGUGAUGGUGAAAGGGAAUGUAAUGUAACUGUUGAUGAUAAUCAUUUCCCUUCAAAUAUUUGUCCUGGUUUGGAGAAAUAUCUUUACUUUGAAUAUCAAUGUAACUACACAAGUAUGCCAUACAGAAAAAUUUGCAAUCUUAUGGAUGUACGCCUGUCUAAGUCGAAUCUUCCGAACGAAGGUGUCGUGAAUGUUAUUACCAAGUAUAGAAACUUCACCAUUUGCAACAAAGGUCUUUUGCACAAAAUAAAGACGAUUAUUUGUAAACAACUUGGUUAUCCUACCGCAGCAUCUGGGGGAGGCUCAAUGUCACUAUCAUCUUUGAUGCAUCAAUCGUUUAUACCUGGAAUUGUCAAAUGUGAUGCUCGAGUGAACGAUUUAUCUCAAUGUGCUAUCACUCAAAAUAAUGAUUGCUCUCAAUACUCGUACGUUACAUGUAAGCAUUCUCAUUCAAUUUUUUGAAUGUAUUAACGUAUUGCAGGACACAUUUGUAUGACGUUA